UUCUGUUUCGUAAAACCCAAAACCCUACUUCCCUACUUCAUCUGAGACUACACUUUCUUCAUUAUCCCCUUUCCAUUCCUUCUCUUCUCUUCGACUUUUUAUAAUAAACACACAAUUUCAUUUUCCUCUCUCAUUUCAUUUCCCAAACCCACUGUCGAAGCUGCAAUUCAGGUCAAUUGCUCUCACAUUUGCACAAGUUCAUUCUCCUUAUAUCUUCUUAGCUCACACUCACUCCACUAAUCCAAAUUUCGCGGAAUCACUUAAUUUCAGCUCAGUUCAAUGAGAAGAAGCACCUAACAGCACGGACGGGAAUGGAGACGGAGGAGGGAGAAAAUGGAGUGAUCGUGCCACCUCGUUCCGGUGCUGGUAAAAGCCUGUUCGGAAUCGCCGCCGCAGCUUCUAGAAGGAUGCAACAACAGCAACGGCAUAGAGAGAAGGAGAACUCUAACGCUCCUUCGCCUUCAACUUACGAUAUGGCUGUAACAGGGAGAGUUAGUAGAAAGAAGAAGCAUAAGCGUCUUCAGGAAUUUUUUACAACGGACUAUGAUAAUUUGAGGAGCGAUGGUCCUCCUAUUGGUCUCGAAUUUGAUUCUCUUCCUUCUCGGUCAGAGAGUUACACUCCUUCAUAUGUAGAGGACUACGGGCCCGCCAAAAUGAGAAAGGUUUCCAAGAGUGCAUGUGGAAGUCACCCAAGCUUUAAUAAGAAAACAUCAGUGAAGAAACAUGGUAUGGGCAAAGGUUUGAUGACAGUCUGGAGGGCAACCAAUCCUUAUGCUGAAGACCUUCCAAAUGACUUUGAUUUUGAUAGCCGAGAGCAAGGCACUCAUCUAGUCUCAAAGUCUAUGGUACAGAAACCUGUUCGUGAGAACAGAAGAAAUAAAACACAGCACACGAUAAAUAAGUCUCAGGACAAGAGGAAACUUUCCAUACAAAGAGAAAUGGGGAAAUCUAAUCUAUAUGUAACUCAGAACCAGUCAUCGGAGGAAAAAUGUGAACUUGCAGUGGAUAGCGCAAUAUUUGAGGAGGGAUUUGAUCAAAUUUCAAUGUUAGUCGAUGAUGAGGAGCUUGAGAUGAGAGAGUUCCGAGCAGGAAUCAAUAUGCUGUUGUGUUCUGAUCAUCUUGCUGCAAGUGGAAUGUUUGGUUGUGCACUCUGCAAAGAUGUGCUAGUUAAGUUCCCCCCAGAUACUGUCAAAAUGAAGAAACCUAUCUGUUUGCAACCUUGGGAUUCCUCUCCAGAAAUUGUGAAGAAAUUAUUUAAGGUUUUCCAUUUCCUUUAUACAUAUGCUACAGUAGUCAAUAUAUGCCCAUUCACUCUGGAUGAGUUUGUUCAAGCAUUUCAUGAUAAGGACUCAGUUUUAAUUGGAAAGACUCACAUAGCCCUUCUCUCACUUCUUCUAUCUGACAUUGAAGUGGAGCUUACCAAUGGUUUUUCACCUCAUUUAAAUAAGUCCUGCAAUUUUCUUGCAUUGCUUCAUUCAGUUGAAAGUCAAGAAUAUUCUGUAGACUGCUGGAGAAGUUCUUUGAAUGCUCUUACUUGGGUUGAAAUACUUCGUCAAGUGCUUGUUGCUUCUGGAUUUGGUUCAAAGCAAGGGGCCUUACGAAGAGAGGCACUUAGCAAGGAGUUGAAUCUUUUUGUAAACUAUGGCCUACACCCUGGCACCUUGAAGGGAGAGUUGUUUAAAAUCUUGUCAGAGCGAGGAAACAAUGGAUGCAAGGUAUCUGAGCUAGCAAACUUAAAACAGAUUGUAGAAUUAAACCUUGAUGGCACAACUGGGGACCUGGAAUCUUUAAUAUGUUCCACACUUUCAAGUGAUAUUACUUUAUUUGAAAAGAUUUCACCAUCUGCAUAUCGUGUGCGUAUGAGCACUGUGACGAAGGACAUAGAUGAUUCUAAAUCAGAUAUGGAGGAUGCUGGGAGUGUUGAUGAUGAAAUCAAUUACAGUGAUACGUUUAGCAGUGAUGAUGAUUUUGAAAAUGAUUCAAGAGGCGCCAACAUGAGAAAACUGAAGUGUGUUAACGGUCAUAAAACCAAGAAUAAUAUGCUCAAAGUAUAUACUGAAAUUGAUGAGAGCCAUCCAGGAGAAAUAUGGUUGUUAGGACUGAUGGAGAGUGAAUAUUCAGAUUUGAAAAUUGAAGAAAAAUUGAAUGCUUUGGCUGCUCUAACUGAUCUUCUUUCCUCUGGUUCCAGCAUCAGGAUGAAGGACCCAACAAAAAUCACAGCUGACUGCCAUUCGAGCAUCCAACAUGGUUCUGGAGCGAAAAUAAAAAGAGCAUCGUCAAUAAAGAAGCCGGGACCAUUUUGGUACCAGAUUGGACAAAUGCAACAUGCAAAAGAAUUGAACUCAUCUUUUCUACCAUGUCCAGUAGAUUCCACAUCCUUAAUCUCAAAUUCCAGUAACCAGGGGGAGAAGGAAAAAGGGUCAAUUGAUUCACAUCCCAUUCAAUCAGUAUUUUUGGGAUCUGAUCGUCGCUACAAUAGAUACUGGCUUUUCCUCGGCCCUUGUAAUGCUGAUGAUCCUGGCCACAGGAGGGUUUACUUUGAAUCUUCUGAAGAUGGUCACUGGGAAGUGAUUGAUACUGAAGAGGCCUUAUGUGCCUUGCUAUCAGUGUUAGAUGAUAGAGGGAAACGGGAGGCUCAUCUCAUUGAAUCUCUGGAGAAGCGGCAAGCAUCUCUAUGCAGAUUUAUGUCUAGGAUUAAGGUUAACAGUACUGGAAUGGGUUCUAUGUUGCAUUCUGAUCAAUCUGAGCUGGAUAUGGUUUCAGAAGACAGUUAUUCCCCGGUAUCUGAUGUAGACAAUCUGAAUCUGAUUGAGACUGCAAAAGACACACUACCUUCAGCAGGGGCUGUGAUUAUUGAAGCUGGAAAGAAGGGUGAGGAACAAGUGCAAAAGUGGCUCCGUGCUCAAGGAUAUGAUUCUUGGAUUUGGGGAUCCUUUUAUUUAGAUCUUAACGUUGUAAAAUAUGGUAGAAGGUCUUAUCUUGAUUCUCUAGCGAAAUGUCUGACUUGUCAUGAUCUUUAUUGGAGAGACGAGAGACACUGCAGGAUUUGCCAUACCACAUUUGAGCUUGAUUUUGAUCUAGAAGAGAGAUACGCCAUUCACAGAGCUACAUGCUGUCAGAAAGAGGAUGUUAAUACAUUUCCAAAUCAUAAAGUUCUAUCAUCACAGAUUCAAUCACUGAAAGCUGCAAUUUAUGCUAUUGAGUCUGUUAUGCCUGAAGAUGCCUUAGUAGGUGCUUGGAGGAAAUCUGCUCAUAAGCUAUGGGUUAAACGACUCAGGCGCACUUCAUCUUUAGUUGAGCUUUUGCAGGUUCUCUCUGAUUUCGUUGGUGCAAUAAACAAGCACUGGCUGUUUGAGUGCAACUUACCAGAUAAAGUUGUUCAAGAAAUCAUUGCAUAUUUUGCAUUAAUGCCCCAUACAUCAUCAGCCCUUGCUCUUUGGUUGGUGAAGUUAGAUGCCAUAAUUGCUCCCUACCUUGACAGAGGUCGUCCUCAGAAGAAGCAGGGAAUCGGCAAUCAUGGUCAUUGCUGACGUGCUUCCAUAUAUUGAGAUAAAGGCAUUUAUAUUAUUGCAAUUGAAAUAUAAUACUGGAACUCCUUGUUCUGCACCCGGAUGCGCCAGUGGUGUUCUUUUAUUUGAUCAGAGAUACAUUGCUGGCUCAACUUGGUUCCUAAAUUUCAAUCUGACAGCAAUAUGGCAAAUACAGUACUGUGUAUGUCGAAAUCCUUUUCUUUUCGCAUCUAUUUUCUCGUUGAUAUAUAUUACAGGCAAUCCUAUUGAUCAGAUGUACAGCUUUAGUUUAGAUCAAUUAUGGGUACCUAGAGGAUUUUUGGUUAACUCCCACUCAUUUUGUUUCUCCACUCUCACUUCUCUCCUUGCUUUACGAUGUUUGUAGUCUUCUCAUUUGAGAAAUCAAUUUUGUCAACUUCCUCAAUAAUGUUGGUACUGAACGAAAAUAAUUUGUAUGACGAGAAUUAUAAGGUUGAGGUUUGAGCCCAUUUAUACAAGAAAAUUAAAGUAGCGUGUAUAAUUUGCAAUUACACUUGUUUAAAUUGACCCAAAAACUGGAUUGGGGAUCAACCUAGUAUUCAUGGUGGAGUGUUGACAUAUUUCGUUUAUUUUUUGUCAGUUGCGUUAAGCCAACUCUAGUUCUAUCGAAA